CUCAUGCAACGUCAAAUGUGACGUGGUUAUGGUAUUUAUGGUGGCAGGUCGCCCAUUGGGCGACCGAAGCACAAUGCACAAGACAGUCGGGUAGCUGUAUGCGCUUUGCGCUUGGAAGUUGUCACGCGCGACGUCGUUAUGUCUGACAGCGAAUUUAGCGAUAGUGACGGAUCCCUGUCACUAAGCGGUGAAGAUGAGCUCAUCGGCGCCGGCCGAUUGAAUUACGUGGACGUCGAUGAUCCUUUCGCUGCUGACCCUUUACCACAACAACGUGGUCAGCCAGUGGAAGCAGUGGAUGAUUCGGAACCGACUGACUUCGGGUGUGUGUGCGGCCACUGCUCGCCGCAGGAGGCUGACGAGUAUAUAUGCUGCAUGACUGUAGGCAGGGUAGCAGCAGUUGCUGUUGACUCCGGUGUACGUUGCAUCACCCAACAUGUGCUGUUCCCUGAUUUCUGCACACGUCGGGAACUGUUGAUCGUCAACGGCGCUCCGUAUCGGCGACACAGCCGUCAGCUACGGCCGCUGGAUCCUAACGAUAACAGGUGCAUCAGAUAUGCAGCAUAUGCAUGUUUUACAAACUGGAUCUGGGGAUACCUUGGUCCAAGGAAUAGGCGCCAGAUACCAGGAUGUGUUGUCCGCACAAUCCGGAGCCUGUUCCCAUCAGUCACGUACACAGGCUACUUCCCCUGAAAGGGCUUGUGCACUUCGUCAUAAGCAUCACGACUUGAAUGGUCUUCUGAACGUAGCUGCCACCCAGUGUCCUUGUCAUUGAACCUGGAGCAAAUGACAAACAUAAGGACAAGCUGAUCUACGUCAAAGUCUGCAAAUAUCCUUGGCCUUUGGCAAAAAGGCCCUUCUCAGGGCCACCCCACAUGUCUGCAUCAGAGACCAUGCCUCUGCAUAGAAUAAGCCCUUAUCGUCAUUCAUGAUGAUGAUAUUUAUUAAUUAUAUUAAAUAUUAUUCAUUAAUUUACGUGCAUUCCUGAAAGGCCUGACAAAGGCACUACGUUUCUUCAACUUUUCUCAAUGCAGGACAGGAGCUGCUGGGUCAGCACACAGAUGCCUCAUCAUCCAACUGUGUUUUCAUCCUUGUUGGACACUGUGCAGCUGUAUUGGUACAUAUUUCUUUUGAAGGAGCAUGCAAGGACUCGAGAAUGAACAUGUCAGGGUUAGAGAAAACAGGUUUAUGAGUCCUGGGAUAGACAUUUGCACAAAACUAAGAGAGCAGCACAUAAUCUUGGAGUGCAAGAGAGCUAUUAAUCUCGUGGGUCAGAAAACCUGCUACCCUCGGCUGCACACCGCAAUGCUAUGUGCCAAUACUUAGGCGAGUGCCUUCUUCUCUCAUCUUCCUUUUUGCAAUCCGAUUUCGUGCCACCCAUCCCGUGUCUUGGUUGGUUGCUAGCUUUAGCAGAUAACUCUCUAUGACCAAUGACAUGUGCUCUGCGAGGAGUCAUUAGGAUCCACUGGGUGACGUCUCCACCACUGCACACUCUCUUGCAUAGCAAUUCUUCCAAUAAAUUAGCACUUCCCAAAGGAAAUAUUUUGUGUGACAGUUUCAGAGUGGUAGCUCAUGUGACAGAGUAAAAUUUUGAAGUGCCUUCCAUGCUCCUUUAAAGCUCUUAGCAUUUUAUCUGCUACACAUGCACUGUUUUUGCAGGUUAGCUAUGCAACAAAUACAACUGGCAUGCAUUGGCAUGGCACUGUCAUAUGCAACUCAAUGAACCUGCUGCAGG